ACCUAUAUAACCCCAAACACAAAAUUAGGGUUUUUGUGCUGCUUAUAAGGUUUGCUCUCCAUAGCCGUCGUCGCUCCCUCACCUCCCCAAGCUCCUCUCACCUCCUGCAACCAUGGCCGUCGGAAAGAACAAGAGGAUUUCCAAGGGGAAGAAGGGAGGCAAGAAGAAGGCGACUGAUCCGUUCGCCAAGAAGGACUGGUAUGAUAUCAAGGCCCCUUCAGUGUUCCAAGUGAAAAACGUGGGCAAAACCCUUGUUACACGCACUCAGGGUACCAAGAUUGCUUCAGAAGGACUCAAACAUAGAGUCUUUGAGAUAUCAAUGGCUGACCUUCAGGAAGAUGAGGAUCACGCUUACAGAAAGAUCAGAUUGAGAGCUGAAGAUGUUCAAGGGAGGAAUGUUCUGACAAAUUUCUGGGGAAUGGAUUUUACGACAGACAAGUUGAGGUCUUUGGUAAGGAAAUGGCAGACCAUGAUUGAAGCUCAUGUGGAUGUGAAGACUACUGACAAUUACAGUUUGCGGAUGUUCUGCAUUGGAUUCACUAAGAGGCGUCAAAACCAGGUCAAGAGGACCAGUUAUGCCCAGUCCAGCCAAAUUAGACAGAUCCGUCGCAAGAUGAGGGAGAUAAUGAUAAACCAGGCUUCGUCGUGUGAUCUGAAGGAGUUGGUUCGCAAGUUUAUUCCUGAGUCAAUUGGCAAAGAGAUUGAGAAGGCAACAACCGGCAUCUAUCCUCUACAAAAUGUGUUUAUUCGGAAAGUCAAGAUCUUGAAAGCUCCAAAAUUUGAUCUUGGAAAGUUGAUGGAGGUUCAUGGUGACUACUCUGAUGAUGUUGGUGUCAAGGUGGAGAGGCCUGCUGACGAGACAAUGGCCGAGGUGCCUGCUGAACCAGUUGGAGCUUGAAUGAGGGAUUCUAUUGCAUUUUAGCUUUCCCUUUUUUUUUUUUAAGUCAGUUUUGAAAGUUGUUUUUCUCGGUUUUGUUUAUGAAGAAUGGUUACUAUCGGUUUUGUUCAUGUGUCUCAUUCGAGAAUUAGAAUGGUUAUUAAAAAAACACAUUUGUCUGUUUAUUUAAGACUUCUACCCGAAUACAACAUAACGAAGAUAUGUGUUGGUCUUUUUCUCA